UUCUUUCUGCCCUCGACGGGGACAACGUGUGAUGACGCCUGAAAUAACUUGGUCGACACUGUUCUUCUCUCACAAUGCCAACCGCACCUGGCUGCCGAAGCGCGACCAUAGGACAGAAGGUUGGCCACUGACUGGCAAUCCACUGCCGCUCCUCAUCAUUACGGCCGCUUACGUGUACUUCGUCAAGGUGGCCGGUCCCCGAUGGAUGUCCCACCGCAAACCCUUCGACCUGAAAGCCUGCAUCCUCGUCUACAACCUGUCGGCCACCCUGCUCAGCGCCUUCUUCGGGUGCCGCUUCGUAAAGCUCGCGUACUGGGACCUUGGCCACGCCUUUCUGCAGGACCUCGACACGAUAGACUCGCCCGCGAGCCGUGACAUCUUGCGCUUGUCCUGGUGGCUUUACAUGUUCAAGCUGUGCGAGCUCGCCGACACCGUGUUCUUUGUGCUGCGCAAGAAGAACCAGCAAAUCAGCGCGCUGCACGUCGUGCACCACGUGAUCGUCGCCUGGAACUUGUGGAUGAACGUGACCUACGGCGCUCAGUCACACAUGACGUUCAUCAUAUGCCUGAACAGUUUUGUGCACGUGUUCAUGUACUCGUACUACUUCCUGGCGGCGCUUGGACCCGCCUACAAGCGGCUACUCUGGUGGAAGAAGUACAUGACCAUGAUGCAGAUUUCGCAAUUUGUCCUUCUGUUCGUGCAUGGUGUGGGCAUGGUGUUCGCCAAGGGAAACUUCGUGGGGCUCUUCGUGUGGCUCGAGGCAGCACAGGCGAUCCUGUUAUUCGUUUGGUUCAGCAUUUUCUAUGUCCAAGCGUACUCAAAAAAGAAACUGUAGGUCCAUGCAUAGUAAUGUCAGUGAAAAAGGGCGUUUUUUUCCCUUCAAGCCUCUUCGACAUGAGCGAGCUAACUGGUCUAUCUUCAAGGUAGUGUGUAGGCAACUGUCCUUU